CGCAGCCGGCCGGCCCUGGCAGAGAGCUGGCGCCCGGCGACCUGGCACCUGCGCCUGGAUAUGGGGCGUCUACCGGGUCCCAGGAGUAGCACCAGCCACAGGACCCUGCCGCCUGUGUUUCUGCUUCUCCUCUUCGUGGGACCCUUCAGCUGCCUCGCGAGUUACAGCCGGGCCACUGAGCUUCUCUACAGCCUGAACGAGGGUCUGCCUGCAGGGGUGCUCAUUGGCAGCCUGGCAGAGGACCUGCGGCUGGUGCCCUGGGCGCCCGGGAGACAGAGCCAACAGUCGCAGCCGCCAGAGCGCACGGCCAGGGAGGGGAGUCCCCCUCUCUCUUUCAGCUUAGCUUCUGGGGGACUCAGCAGCCUGUACGUGACCCUGGACAACCGCUCAGGAGAGCUGCACACUUCUACCCAGGAGAUAGACCGAGAAGCCCUGUGUCUGGACGAGGGUGGGGUGGCUGCAGGGGGCAACAGCGUCUCAAUCUCUUCUUCUCCAUCCUCUGACUCUUGCCUUUUGCUCCUGGAUGUCCUGGUCCUGCCUCAGGAAUACUUCAGGUUUGUGAAGGUGAAGAUUGCCAUCAGGGACAUCAACGACAACGCUCCACAGUUCCCUGUUUCCCAAAUCUCUGUUUGGGUUCCAGAAAAUUCACCAGUCAACACCCGGCUGGCCAUAGAGCAUCCUGCUGUGGAUCCAGACAUAGGCAUCAAUGGGGUUCAGACCUAUCGCUUACUGGACUAUCAUGGCAUGUUCACCCUGGAUGUGGAGGAGAAUGAGAAUGGGGAACGCACCCCCUACCUAAUUGUCAUGGGUGCUUUGGACAGGGAAACCCAGGAUCAGUAUGUGAGCAUCAUCGUAGCUGAGGAUGGUGGGUCUCCACCACUGUUGGGCAGUGCCACCCUCACCAUUGGCAUCAGUGACAUUAAUGACAAUUGCCCUGUCUUUGUAGACUCACAAAUCAAUGUCACCGUGUAUGGAAAUGCUACAGUGGGCACCCCCAUUGCAGUUGUCCAAGCUGUGGAUAGAGACUUGGGGACCAAUGCUCAGAUCUCCUACAGUUACAGCCAGAAAGUUCCACAAGCAUCCAAGGAUUUAUUCCAUCUGGAUGAAACUACUGGGGUCAUUACCCUUUUUAGUAAGAUCGGUGGAAGUGUUCUGCAGAUGCACAAGCUCACCAUCCUAGCUAAUGGACCAGGCUGCAUCCCCGCUGUGAUCACUGCUCUGGUGUCCGUUAUCAAAGUCAUUUUCAGACCACCUGAAAUUGUCCCACGUUAUAUAGCAAAUGAGAUAGAUGGUGUCGUGUAUCUGAAAGAACUGGAACCUGUUCAUACUCCAAUUGCAUUUUUCACCAUAAGAGAUCCAGAAAGUAAAUACAAGAUUAACUGCUACCUGGACGGUGACGGGCCAUUUAGGCUAUCACCCUACAAACCGUACAAUAAUGAAUAUUUGCUCGAGACCACAAAACCUCUGGACUAUGAGCUACAGCAGUUCUACGAAAUAGCUGUAGUGGCCUGGAACUCAGAGGGAUUCCAUGUGAAAAGACUUAUUAAAGUACAACUUGUGGAUGAAAAUGACAAUGACCCCGUCUUUCUUCAGCCUUUGAUAGAACUAACUAUUGAGGAAAACAACCCACUGAACGCCUUUCUGACUAAGCUGUAUGCCACAGAUGCUGACAGUGGAGAGAGAGGCCAAGUUUCCUAUUUCCUGGGACCAGAUGCACCAUCGUAUUUUUCCUUAGACCGUGUCACUGGAAUUCUGACGGUGUCUACUCAGCUAGACCGAGAGGAGAAAGAAAGGUACAGGUAUACAGUCAGAGCUGUGGACAGUGGGAAGCCACCCAGAGAAUCAGUAGCUACUGUGGCUCUCACCGUGUUGGAUAAAAAUGACAACAGUCCUAGGUUUAUCAAUAAGGACUUCAGCUUUUUUGUGCCAGAAAACUUUCCAGGAUAUGGUGAAAUUGGAGUAAUUAGUGUAACCGAUGCUGAUGCGGGGAGAAAUGGAUGGGUUGCCCUGUCCGUGGUGAACCAGAGUGACAUUUUUGUUAUUGAUACAGGCAAAGGCAUGCUGAGAGCUAAGGUUUCUUUGGACCGAGAGCAGCAGAGCUCCUAUACUCUGUGGGUUGAAGCUGUUGAUGGGGGUGAGCCUGCCCUCUCCUCUACCACAAAAAUCACAAUUCUCCUGCUGGACAUAAAUGACAACCCACCCCUUGUUUUAUUUCCUCAGUCUAAUAUGUCUUACCUGUUGGUCUUGCCUUCCACUCUUCCAGGGUCCCCAGUUACUGAGGUCUAUGCCGUGGACAAAGACACAGGCAUGAACGCUGUCAUAGCUUACAGUAUCAUAGGGAGAAGAGGCCCCAGGCCUGAGUCCUUUAGGAUUGACCCUAAAACUGGCAACAUCACUUUGGAAGAGGCUUUGCUGCAGACACAUUACGGACUGCACCGCUUAUUGGUGAAAGUGAGCGAUCAUGGCUAUCCAGAGCCUCUUCAUUCCACGGUCAUGGUGAACCUGUUUGUCAAUGACACUGUCAGUAAUGAGAGCUACAUUGAGAGUCUUUUAAGAAGAGAGCCAGAAAUCAAUGUAGAGGAGAAAGAACCACAGAUCUCAAUAGAACCCACUCAUAGGAAGGUGGAAUCUCCUUCUUGUAUGCCCACCUUAGUGGCCCUGUCUGUCAUAAGCUUGGGUUCCAUCACGCUGGUGACGGGGAUGGGCAUCUACAUCUGCUUAAGGAAAGGGAAGAAACAUCACAGGGAAGAUGAAAACCUGGAAGUACAAAUUCCACUGAAAGGAAAAGUAGACUUGCACCUCAGAGAGAGGAAACCAAUGGAUAUUUCUAACAUUUGAUAUUUUGUUCUGGAUAGCACAGGGAGAGGUUAUAACUGACUUUGGCUAGUCUUCGCCUCCUAAACAGGAGUGUGCUAAUGCAGUCUCACUGAAGGACGAAUAAUUUAUAACUUGUAAUAUGUUGUAAAUAGCUGUUUACACGUUUUUAAUUCAAACUCAGAGGUUAUAAAAUUGUGUACAGCAUUUUUAAAAGAAAAUUAGCACUAACAGCUCUAGAGUUGUUAUUUAUAUAUAUAAAAAAUAGCCUGGACAUAAUUUGCAGCUUCCAUACACCAAGCAGAUGUUGUUAAAACCUGGGAGUAAGGUAAGAAGAAUGGUACUUUUUUUGUUGGCAUUGUUCUAAAAUGUCCUUUGACCACAAGAGGGCAUCAGCUGCCCCUUUGCAGGGAACUGAGGUAUUGUAUAUGGUAGUUGUUGUACAUGAAAUUAAUGAGAGAGUAUAUUUUAAAUAUAUUGUUUUUAACAUUAAAUAUGAAAUUAAAAUAAAUUGAAUUUUCCCUACUUAAAUAUAUAUAUAUAAAUUGCACUUGUAAAUUGAACAUUUAUUACCUCAUAGGUACAUCCUGUGUAAUUUGAAAGAGAAGGCAUUAGAAACAAGUGCAAUUCCUUUGUAGCAAGCAUAGGAACACUGUCAUGUGUUACAGAUUAAACCUGCUGAAGAAUAUUUCACUUUCUGUCUACUGAACUUUUUUUUCUAUUUGCUUUACCAUUGCACUUGGCUAGUAUCGCAGGACAAAAUAUAUGUGAUCCUCCUUACAGAAAAUGUGACUAGAAAUUGUGCCCAAGAAAAACAGUCACAAACAAAAAUAUGUCUCAAUCCUCCUAAAUUGCUUGCUUGGUGUCCACCAUGCUUUAGAGCUUAGCUUGUCAGUAGCACUGUGUUCCUGGGUUGUAUAUUACACUGUCACAUGCUUAAGCACACCCACCACAGGAGAACAAUCAAAGCCACAUUAACAUUGUAGAAGCUAGUGUCCAUCAUUGCUUGUUUCAGCUGCGCAUUCGAUAGGAAAGUUAUGCUUUCUUUGUACUGUUAUUCAGGUUCCCCAGGCACUAGCUUCUUUAUUUCAUCUUGGGUUUGGUCCAAGAGUUUCUUUGUAAGCCUCGCAGCAGAUUCCUGUGACAAACUGGCAUUUACUGAAUCUUUUGCAAUGGAGAAAGCUGGUUCAUCAGUGAUUAAUCACUUUUUCUUCCUUGUAUGAGCUGGAAAUUUUAUUUUAUAUCAGAACGAUAAGCAAAAUUAUAUGUGUAAACAAGGAAUGUAUCAAUUUCAACUGGAUAUUUGACUUUAUGGCAUCCUGUGUCUGUACGGUACCAAAAGUGUUUAUAUGUCUGCAAAAUUAAAGGUAUAUAUUUUCACAAGUUCUUGCUUAUUUUCACCAUUUUAUGUUUAGAAAUAGACUUCUUUCACUGAAGUGCCUGUUAUUGGCAUUGUUUUUAGGAUUUAAUGUGAGAAACUGUAGCAUUCUGCCAUGCUAAAGUAUAUAUUAAACUAAUUCAUAAUUCAAAAAUUGGUUGAAUUAUUAAGGGUUUGUAUAGGCAUAUGUAGUAGAUAUAGAGUAUGCCCAUGUGUUUAACUUCAUAUGAAAUUCUCACCCAUGUAUGAAUACACACAUUAUUAAUAAUCAUUGAUUUAAUAUUUACAUAAACUUUUACCUCACCACCUCCUUAUAGCAAAUUCCUUGUCGGCCAUGUUUCAGUAGCAUCAAGUAAUUUUUAAAGUAAAUAUAUACUGCAAAGAAAAUAAUUAACUGAAA